AUGCCAAACAAAGAAGAAGUUGAAGGAAUUGCUGCAUCUGUUGCAGGAUCUGUUGUCGGUAACAAAGCCGCUGACAAAGCUCAUCUUGGAGGAGCUGGUCACAUGGCAGCUGGUAUCUUAGGAGGAAUCGGUGGUGGUAAAGCUGAACAAAAAGCUGAUGAGAAGAAGUAG